AACCCGCGUUAGUUUGUGUCAGUGAGUUAGAGUGUUAGGGUGUUAUUGCUCCGGAACUUUGGAUAUCCUGUGGUUGCUCUCGGCUGGCAAUACGUUGUUUAUUCCUUAUGAAAUGAGAACGAAAAAUAGACACUGGAUACUAUUAUAAUUGCUGUACACUGGCAACCUAUUAUAGCAUCAUAUUUACAGCGAUCAAGUCAUGAUUACCCUGUGAACAUUGCCAUUUUCGAAACAUUGUGAUGGCAGAUGUAGUGCACAGGUGAUUCAGCAACAAUGCAACCAUCAGUCAUGCUGCUUCUACAAGGAUUUUUAGCCCUUUUCGUGCUUGAUCACUGUAACGCUCAAGUGGGGCUACGGACUGCUCCCCUCACAGCACCAAGGGCUAGAGAUAAUAGUAACAAUAGCAGCCUUGGACUCUUUUCAAAAUGGACUGGUUUGGAUCUUCGACACAAGAGUAAUCACUCCAGUAAUAUUGAAAGUUCUUUAGCAGCUAUAUUUCGUGGAGUUGCCUAUGGCAUAUCAACUUCGACGCCUUCCUCUACAACUACAUCUACCACCACUCCAAGGCCAACCAGUAGUCGUAGGGUCCCUCCAGAUCUCGCUGGCUUACCAGGUAGAAAUGAUGAUUUCAAGAACCCAUUUUUAUUUUCACCUGGAUUUGAGCAGGAUUUGCACCAUAAAGCAGUGACUGAUCAACGUGGUGUAAGCAGUGUCAUAGAUCAUCCCAUCCAGACUCCAUACAUAGAAUCUCCUAAUAUUGGGGACGCAGGAAACUUUGACGAUCAUGUACUUGACAUUGAUGAAAUUGAAGAUGUUGAAGUUGUACGAGCAGAUGUUGGGGUUGGUUUAAGUAAAGUUGAAUGGAUAAGGUCUUUAGGUACAGCAUGGAUAGUACAUGUCUACUGUGCAGCUGGGUUGUACAGUUUGCUAGCCAUGUUAGCACUACUUUGGUUGGCACGAAUCCAUGCUUCUACCCAUCUUCUGCCAAGAGGUUAUUAUAUAACACUAUACCUUUUAAUGUUCCUGGCUUCUUUUCUACGCUGUGUUCAUCUUUUUCAUGACCCAUAUGGUGCUGAACGUAGAUUACCUGAAGUACUUUCAAUAGUUGUUGAAGAACUAGGAUGGCCCUGCUUAACUGCAGGUUUGGCAGUUGUGGUGCUAGCCCUUGUUAGGGCAUGGAGAUGCCCAAGAUUACUGCCUCAAAAACCUCUUGCUCCACUGGCAUUAGCAUUACUAACAGCAGCACAUUUGCUUACUUCUGUUGCUGCUCAUCUGACAGCAGCAUUAUUACCAGAGCAUGCUGCACCUCUGAGAGCAGCAGCUCGAGCUGUAACUGCAGCUUGGGGAGGAGCUGUUGGUAUAGGAGGAUUUCUAGCUGUAUGGCGUGUAGGAAGAGCAGUUGGUCGCCAUCCGGGGUUGCUAUUGGUUAGAUUGAGUAGAGCUCCUGUAGAAGGAUCAUUGCCAGCACGUCACCCAAGGAUAACUCUAUUUCGGGGUUCUCAGUUGACUGUAGUUGCUUCAUUUGGUCAAACUGUUCUUGCUGGCCUUCACAUGUAUGCCCUGGUAGGGCCCCAUUAUUUGUUUGACAUACCUCCAGCUUACCCAUGGUACUGGCUAGCAUAUCAAAGUACUUGCCGCAUUUUAGAAAUUAUCAUGUGGCUCCUUCUUGGCAUAACAGCAGCUCUUACAGUUGGUACAGCCUCAGGUAAGAGGCAAAGUCAAAAAGGCGAAAUAAAACUCUUGUCAGUACUUUCAUGCAAACAUUGUGGAAGCUGUACUAGUAUACCAGCACAGGAUAAAGCUGAUGAAGUGUUCCCUGCUGUUUGCCAAACAAAUCAAGCUGUUCGAAACUUUACUCUUCAGUCUUGUGGCAAAGGUGUGUAUCAAGAGGCACUAACUCAACAACCUCUCACUCGCCGAGCUAAUACUAUUAAGCCUGCUCAUAAAAGACCCUCAAUCCGUAAGUCAGCGACUCUUCAUUCUGCAACUUCUGAUAUUCAGUUGCUAUGGAACCAAGGACAUCCUCAAAAUGCAGUGUCCUCAGAUGCCUCAUCUAGACCUUCAUCGAUGCUCUUUAAUGAUGCUGGUUUUGUUAGAUUUAGGAUGCAAGUGGAUCCUCAACAGUGUGUAGAUGAAGUUCUUAAGAAAUCUCUACAGAAUUUAGAUAUGCAAGGUGAGCCAGAGGAAGCUACAUUGUUAAAGAAAGUCCCAGUAGAUGAUCCUCCUACCUAUGACCAAAGCUUUUUUGAUAAUGUACCUAAUAAAGAUGGUGUAAAGACACCGUCAAAAAUGAAAAUCUCCCCUCAGUUUGAAAAUCAUUAUGAUAAUGCCCAGUUUGAUCAAUUAUUGAGUAAUCACAAUAAUUCUGACAUCUAUUUUGAUGGGAGCCAUUGCAGAAGUGAAGCAGCCAGUGUAACAGACUGCAGUUCUACAGAUGCAUUAUCUCCUGUACCUGCAGCAGAUAAUGAAUGGUCAAAAUAUGCAAGUACAUGUUCUUCAAUUAGUGCAGCAAACAGUUUUGAUGUUCGCAUGUAUGAUGAUUAUGAAGUAUCUUCCUAUUAUAAUUCACCGUCCCCUGCCUCAUCUAAUGUGUAUGCAUCAUUACAUCGAACUGCCCCACGUCCCCGUUAUGUCAGCCACUGGACUGUGUAUGGAGAACGAGAACCUGCAGUGCAUAGUUAUGAAGCAAGACAGGCAGUAGAACAGCUAACUGCUCUGUUAGCACCACAUACCUCUUCGGCUUCUUCUCAAUCUGAUCUUCAUAUCGAUUAUUUAACUGAUGGCUCUCAUGGGAAACAUAACAGGGAGUCAGACUCUGAUUUAUGCUCUUCAGGGAGUCAUCAGCCUUAUCAAAGACAUGAUCAAGAUGAAAAGCGUUCCUCACCUAAAAGCCGAUGUCCUCCUCAGCUUCCUCCUCGUCACUUGAACCUUCAUGACGUUACUCCAGAUUCAGCUGUUGUUCUAGAUUAUACUGGUCAUACAGAUGAAGCUUCUGGAGAUGAUAUAGACCCAACUCUUCCUUUACAAUAUCCUCCACACCCUCGACCAGGUCUUUUAACUAAAAUUGUCAAAAAUAACUUCUCUCUUGGUAAUGGUGGAUAUUCACCUCUUGGUAGUGAAGAUGCUUUUCAUCAUUCAUUUAGUAGUGCACAUUCGCAAAAUUUAUUAUUAAAGCAAGCACAGCAUCAAGCAUUACAGCAAAGACAUUGGAAAGAUGACAAAAUUGAGAGAGUCCGCCCAUGUGGCCACCGUCCUCGAAGGGGCCUAAAAGAUGACCCUAAGCCAAUUAGUCCUACGAAACCUUCAGUUCAUUCAGUCUCCCAACACAUAAGUGACACCCACAGUCAAAAAAGGAAAUUCUCUCUAACUCCAACCUCUCCUACAGCAAAACAAGAGACCCCAGAAAAGCUUCCAAGCCCUGUUGUUGAUGGUACUACUCAGACUGAUAAUCAACCAGAGCCAUCACUUUCACCUGGUUCUUCUCGUCCUGCAUCGUCAAUAGCCUCCCAUUCAGAUUUACCUUCGGAAUGUGUAGAUUCUGAAGAUGAUACGCACUGUGAAGACAACAAAGAGAAUAGUGAUGAUGAAGCCACUCCUGAGGUAUCUCCCGUAGAUGCAUGGCCACCCUCUAAUUGUGUCCAAGCAGCUGUCUGACCUUCACAGACUUGGCCAGGCUUCUUGCCUCAGAGAAGCCCGAGCCUCCAGAGUCACAUGUCAUUUUAGACAGCUAGCCUGCUUCUUUUCACCCAUGGCUAAUUGCAUGAUGGCAGAAGAAUGGCAUUUCAUUCUUUACACAAUGUGCAACAACUAGAUAUGAAGACGUUCUGUGAAAACGACUGACUGCUCAGUGAAAAUGUGAUAAUCUUGUUGACAUUUUCAACCUGUCUAUCCUGAACUUGGAUCAGGAGGCUUAGAAAAGAAAAUAUUCGCUUCUUCCAUAUAAAACAGGAGUAACACAUUGCUUCUUGAUGUAUAUACGUAUAUAUAAACGGACAUUUAUUCUUCCAAGUCAGUCCUAUUAUGCAGUGAUUAAAGCCCAGUGAAAGUUCUUAACUAAUGGGGGAAAAUGAGUGUCAAAAUUAACAGUAGCAUGCGUGCAUGUGUUUGGAGAGUCUUAUCCAAAGAGUGUUUAUCAUUAAAUGUGAUGUCUCCUAUGGUAGAUGAACGCUGUAUAAAUGAGUUUCAGAGGGUGAUUGGUUUCAGUGAUCAAUCAUGUACAAACCCUUCUUGUGAUAUUAAAACAUACGAAGGGGUUGAAAUGUGCCAGUGAUGUGUGAUCAUUCAUUUUUUAAAAAUCCCGUUGUAUACUACAUAUAUGCUUAGACACUCAUACACAUUUUAUUCUUAACGUGAAUAAUGUUGAUAGUUAUUAUGCUUCAUCAAAUAUAUUCAGUUCGUUAUUUUAUGUUUUCAUCGUGUUACUGUUGUACUUUAUUUUCAACAAAUCUCCACAGCAACUGAAAAUAAACAAAUUCUAAUUCUAAAGGUUUAGCAAGGCUAAACAGAGUCAUGGUUUUUCCACUUCCUUUCAUGAUAUGUAAAUUAAAGUUAUUUAUUACCAAUAUGGAAUGCUUUUAAGGUCUGUCUUGCCUAUAUCGGCAAUAAUGACUAUUUUGCUUAAACAUUGUUUAGUGACGAUAUUUCGAUUUCAGUUACAUAUUCAGUAGUAACAAAAAACAGUUUCUUUCUAAUUACUACACUUACUGAUAUUCUGUACUUUUUUAACAUUGUAUCAAGGUGAGCCACUGUUAGGCUAACUGAAGAUACCCAGAACCCAUUCCGCGAAAGACCUCAUUUAGUGUACGCUUGUCUCCUCCGCCACGAAGAGUCCACGACUUUAAUAUUAUAAGACGAUAUGAUACGCUAAAGCUUCAACGUUGGAUAAGGCGUGUAACCUCCAGUUGCAUUCGUACCUAUGUAGCUUUUCAGGAAUUCUCCCUCUACUCGAACAGAAAAUGAUCCCGAAACGUUGGCACAAUUGAGCCCCACCCAUCCCCCGAAAGAACCUUAUGCUCCGAGGACUCUUGGGAAUGUCCAGGAGGCGAUGCAGAAGUGUACUUACUUGUUUUGUGUGUUAGGUCCUAUGAGUUAGUCGAGACGAGACUUCUAAAGGAAAACCCGAAACUGUGGCGACCCACAUGAAUCGACUGAUGUAUUUUGGUAUUGACAUUCUUUCUCUCUACCUGGGUGCCCUACACGAUAGAGGAUACUUUUGUUGGUUGCUAUCCCUAAUAAGUGGUUCUCCUUCCAAGGUCUCGUCCGACUGACCCGCGUAGAUCAGAGUGUAUCAGCACAGGAUAUGUUUAAGAGGGACAUGGUGCAUUGCUAAGGACGUCGCUGGUUUUCCAUGAAACAUAGCAAAUGGACAUUUAUGAUGCUUGAAAUAUCUGCCCAAGUUAUCAAUAAAGCUCAACGUUUGUCUUUAUCUUUUAAAAAAGGGUUUAGAGAUAUAAUAGCUGUAUAUCAAAGAUAAACCAAAAUAUAUUUAUAUUUUUGUAAGCUUAUUGAGCCACCAGAACUACCUUGUAGCCCACCGUAAGUCCUCUGGUAUUCUCUUUGCAAAGGUACAUUAUACG